AUGGGAAUGAUUACUUGUCCAGAGUGUAGUACGGAAUAUGAAAAGGAAGCAAAGUAUUGCUUUAAAUGUAGAAUACCAUUCACAGAUGAUAUACCAGACAAUAUCAAAAAGUAUCUGAAACCAAGAGGUGGCAGUAGCGGAACUACCGCCAGUAAUCCUGGCGGUAUUGGAAAUAGAACAAACACAACACCGCUAGCUGGCUCCGGCGUAGACAAACCACCACUCCAAAGAAAUGUAUCGUUACCGGUAUUCAAAAACAGCGCAUCCAAUCAGAGUAACAGUAGUUUAAAUAGUAAUAAUAUAUUGAUAUCAUCGUCGUCGCCACCCAACAACAAUCAUGGCAGCGGCAACAACAGCAACACACAUAGUUUAGUAAAUAGUUUAGAUCGUAACAAUAGCAUCAAUAGCGGUGGUAACAGUAGUAGCAAUCUACUGAGUGGAUUGUCAAGUACGGUCAGUCCGCCUAUCAAUGCGGGCAGCGGUUCUCGACCACGACUUCAGUCUACACCGACACCACCAUCACAUCCUCUUCCACCUGUACCAAAUAGAAUGAGUGUGCCCGUAGCACAUUCACCACCCACCGUUAUGAACAUUAGCAGCAACAAUACAUCAAGACAACCGCCACCUCCACCCAACAACAAACCAAACACACCCACCACCUCAGCACCAACCAAUAUUCGCACCAUUUCACCAGUGACAGCAUCUUUGACAUCGCCAGACAAUAUGUCACCACAGCUUGGAUUCACAGACGAACAUCCAUCGAAUAACUUUAUCAAGCGACCACUCUCAAGGAGAAUUCCACCACCUCCGCCAAACAAGAAACUGGUGAGAGCGGUCUGGGAUUGCAUACCCGAGCAAGAAGGUGAUCUCGAGUUUUACGUCGGUGAUAUCAUCUCUGUCAUCACCAAAGAUGACGAAUCUGGUUGGUGGAUGGGUACAUCAAAUGGUAGAACCGGUCUAUUUCCUGCGAACUACGUCGAAGAGAUGGAUAAUUAA